AAAUUUAACAUUAACCAUACUAACAUUGAAUACAAUUUAAAGGACAUGAGAAUUGACAUUAAUAACAACCAUCAUUAGGAAUGGAAUUGGAAUCAUCGCAUUCCUCUAAUCCAACAAUUAUGCCAUCACCACAGUAACUAUAACAAUUAUAAUUUAUAGGAUCAUACAACCAAUGAAUAUCACAUUCUACACACUGACCAUUUACACAAUUACUACAGCCUUCACAACAAUCAAAUUGCAAAUUAAAACAUCCAUCAAACGGAUUAAUGUUCUAAUCAUUACAAAUAUCUAUAUCCUCAACUAUUAGAGCAUCACUGAAUAUUUCAAAGUCUAAGAUUCCAAAAUAAGGAGGAAUAAUAGGUAUAUGGUCAAAUUAUAUUUAUAUUGA